UGUUGGUUUAAACCACACAACUCCACUCUUGAGUUAACCAUUGAAAGCUAAUGCAAGCAAGCAUCAUUGUGAGGCUUAAGAUUCAUUAAGGUGGGCCUCAAAGAAGUCGGCCUUUGCACAGACAAAACUGAACAGCACCACUCACUUGCUUUGCCCAGCAUGGAUGCUUCAGAUCGGAGGUGUAUGUGCAGAGUGCUGAUCAGGGCACUGACAGAAAGGAUGUUCAAACAUCUUCGAAGAUGGUUUGUCACUCACAUAUUUGGGCGUUCUCGGCAACGAGCAAGGUUGGUCUCCAAAGAUGGAAGGUGUAACAUCGAGUUUGGCAAUGUAGAUGCACAGUCGAGGUUUAUAUUCUUUGUGGAUAUCUGGACAACUGUACUUGACCUGAAAUGGAGGUACAAAAUGACCGUGUUCAUCACAGCCUUCUUGGGGAGUUGGUUUCUCUUUGGUCUCCUGUGGUAUGUCGUAGCCUAUGUUCAUAAGGAUCUCCCAGAGUUCUACCCACCUGACAACCGUACUCCUUGUGUGGAGAACAUUAAUGGCAUGACAUCAGCCUUUCUGUUUUCUCUAGAGACCCAAGUGACCAUAGGUUACGGAUUCAGGUUUGUGACAGAACAGUGUGCCACUGCCAUUUUUCUGCUUAUCUUCCAGUCUAUUCUUGGAGUGAUCAUCAAUUCUUUCAUGUGUGGUGCCAUAUUAGCCAAGAUCUCUAGACCCAAAAAACGUGCAAAGACCAUUACAUUCAGCAAGAAUGCGGUGAUCAGCAAACGUGGGGGGAAGCUCUGUCUCCUCAUCCGAGUAGCAAAUCUUAGGAAAAGCCUUCUGAUUGGCAGUCACAUAUAUGGUAAGCUUCUGAAGACUACCAUCACACCUGAAGGAGAGACCAUUAUUUUGGAUCAGACCAAUAUAAACUUUGUAGUUGAUGCUGGCAAUGAAAAUUUGUUCUUCAUUUCCCCACUGACAAUCUACCACAUUAUUGACCACAACAGCCCUUUCUUCCACAUGGCGGCAGAAACUCUUUCCCAACAGGACUUCGAGUUGGUUGUCUUUUUAGAUGGCACAGUAGAAUCCACCAGUGCAACCUGCCAAGUCCGCACAUCAUACAUCCCAGAAGAGGUGCUUUGGGGUUACCGUUUUGUUCCCAUCGUAUCCAAGACCAAGGAAGGGAAAUACCGAGUGGAUUUCCAUAACUUUGGUAAGACGGUGGAAGUGGAGACCCCUCAUUGUGCCAUGUGCCUCUAUAAUGAGAAAGAUGCCAGGGCCAGGAUGAAGAGAGGCUAUGACAACCCUAACUUUGUCUUGUCAGAAGUUGAUGAAACAGACGACACCCAAAUGUAGCAGUGGCUUUUCUACCUACAAAGAGUCUCUCAAGGACCUAAGUGCUGGCUGUGUUCAGAAGCAUCCUGCAGUUGGGGGACUGAAAGCAGGAUGAGAACCCAAGAAGUCUACCAGCAGAGUCACCCCCUCAGCCCCAUGGCUAUGAUUCUAGAAGACUCGUAGCUCUAAAGUCUGCAGCAGUAAGCAUACGGUGGAAGCAUGUGAAUGAACCUGGCGUGUGGAAGCCAAAAGGAGCUCACUUGGAUCUUCACUCUGACUGUGUAAGCUCGUACAGUGUUGAUGGAAACAAAGUCAUCCAUUGACAUGUACUGGAGAAAAGUUAGGAGCUUUAGAAAACUUCAGGAGCUAGCCAUAUUUCCUGUUUGAUUCUAUGGAUGAGAAAGAUAUCACAUUUUAUCUUAAAGUAGACUUUUAUCAACGGAAAAUCUGUCUUCUGAGUUGGGAAGUGAGCCAACCAGUCACUGACAAUAAGAGCCUGUCAUACACAGAAUCACUAAAGGCUCUAACUUCUUAAGCUCUGCUGUUUGAAGCCUUUGUCUGAGUCUGGGUCCAUGUUUCAGAAGGGGUAAGGUGGGCAUCCAGUGACUGCACCUUUCUCAACCCAAGGUACAGAAGAACAGAAAGCCUCAACCAAUUUCAUAACUAACUCAGACGCUGCAGCCCAUAUAGGAAUGGACCUGAAUGAUUUCCGGUGGUGCAAUCAAUGGAGGCCAAGCCCAUUCCUUAGACUAAAUGAACAUUCUCUUGCAAAGGAGAGUGUUUGAGCUAAAAGUGUUGGUGAAGAGGCUGAAGAGAUGACAUUCUUUGUAAGUUCAUGCUGCGCACGCAUGAAGACCUGGGUCUGAACCUCCAACAAUCACAUACAAAGCUUGACUUAGUAGGAUGCUCCCCCUCCCCAAUCCUAGUACUGGGGAGGUAGGGAUAGGAGGAUGUCUCAAGUUUUCUGGACAGCUGAAUGGGUGAGGUACCAGUUCAGGGAGAGACUACAAAAAUAAGGUGAAGGGGCUGGCGGGAAGACUCUGGUUAAAAGCACCGUGGCUGAUCUUCCAGAGAACCUAGGUUUGGUUCCUGGCACAGUACUUCAUAACUAUCUAUAACUCCAGUUUCAGGGCAUCUGAUGCUCUUUUCUGGCCCCUAUGAGCACCAGGUGCACAUGCGAGCAAAACACUAUACACAUACGAUUAAAAAGAUAAGGUAGAGAAUGACUGAAGAAGAAAUCUUACGUCAACUUCUGAUCUACACACACACACACACACACACACACACACACACACAGAGCAUAGUGAUGUUUGUUUCAGUAUUCAGUGGGUAGGUUAUAGGGCCACAGGUCUGGUAAAAGAGGUUUUAUUCCUUCCUCUCUCAAGAUGGUGCUGAGGACUGGGAAAGCAGUCAGCCUGGAGUGUGUAUGAUGCUAACACCGAAUGGUUCUUGUGUUUCUCUGCCUAGUGGUUGAACUGCAAUUCUAGGUAUGAAGGAGAAAGGAACGAGAUACAGCACCACAGUCAGGAUGCUGCUGCUUUCUUGUCUCUAAAGGCCAUCCCUACAUCUUCCAAAGGGAACAAGUUAGCAGGAGAAUUUACUUCGGAGGAAGGUUCUAAUGUCUUGUUUGUUCAUUUCCACAUCUGCAUCAUUCUGAUUUCACCUUGGGGGAAAAAAAGUAGAAUUCAAAGCUGUUCAAAAAUCAAAAUAUCAUUUUAGUAUGUGAUUAAUAAAUUUCUGAAACUGUAUGAGCAAAAA